AUGAGAUGCUCGGAAUGGCUCCUCAAUCGCCGUAUUACCCAACGUUCCGUUUUCUUGGCCAUUCUGGGGCUGGCCGUGAUAGUUCUGUGUAUGCACGUACUACCUCCGGUUGAUUUGCAUGAUCAAUUUCGAAGAGGCAACCCUUUUCGUGAUGGCUAUACGGGGCCAUUCCAAUCAGUUUGCGGUCACCAUGCUGAUCGGAGAGGUCCGCAUCAAAAAGUCAUUGGCUAUUCACUUUAUGGCAACUUAUCAGCGCCAGUUUUUGCCAGCAAAUAUUUAAAAUACUUUAACGAGACACUCUAUAGCGUCCCUACGGCCUAUCCAGGCUGGGUGGUGAAGAUUUAUCACAAUCUAACGAAGGACGAUGCUGAAGGAUGGAAAGUACUUGAGAACACCAUAGAUUUCGCAGACCACAUCGAUUUAUGCAAUGCAACUAAGGUGAUCAAGAAACUCAAUUUGGCUGAUUUGUUUGCCAUGACGUGGUGCUGGCUGCCAUUACUGGAUGAGAUGGUGGACAUGUUAAUGUCCCGUGACUCGGACACUGCGAUAAUAACUCGUGAACAGGACGCCGUUCGUGAAUGGCUGGCAAGCGACCGAGAUUUUCACAUCAUGCGAGACCAUCCUCGGCACUGUGCACCCUUCCUUGAGGUGAAUUGCGUUUCGAUUCAAGGCUGUAUCUGGGGAGUGAAAAUGAUCCGAAAUCGUUCGAUAAUUGUCAACGCAGCGCAGAAAAUGUUCCAUGAAAAUCAUCGGCACGAACGUGACUAUGACCAAAAAUUACUGAAAAGACUCUUUUGGCCCAUAGCACCAACUAGCCUGAUGGCUCACGAUAGCUAUUGCUGUGUAAAAAUCCCGCAUAGUAAGCCGUAUCCGACGCAGAGGAAAGAUGGCCUCUUUGUCGGCAGGCCAACUUAUACAAAAGGAAUACUGAAAAUUCCAUGUCCACGAAAAUGUCGCCCAGCAAAUACCACGACCGAGUGGUCCUAUUGCUAA